GAGAGAGAGAGAGCCCGCUCGGCGGCAAUGGAAGAGUGGAGGAAGCUGGCGGAGGCGGUGCCAGGAACACUACUGAUCGUCGCCCAAGACACCACGACAGGACUCCUCAGCACGGUGGAGUCCACCCACAGGAAGCUCGCCGCGUGCGUCCACGUGGUUGGCAUGUAUCGGACGGGCGCAAGGCGCAACGACAUCGGCGACGCCACCGACGCGCCGCUCGCCGGGGGGUUCCCCUCCGCGGACCUCGACGGCGCCCUCCGCGAGCUGGCGCGCCUCGGCGCGCUCCACGCUUGGGCCGGCCACGUCUUCGUCCUCUACGGAGCGCGCUUCGGCCUCCAGGGCGUCGGCGAUCCGCUGUGGCAGAGCUGGCAGCAGCACCGCGCCGACACCCUCGGCCACGCCGCGGACGCGCUGCGGAGGCUACGGGCCGCCGCCUCGCACUCCCGGGCGACCGAGGACGCCAUCCGCGUGGCCCGGUCCUUCCCUCGCGGGUCACCCGACUGGAACGCGUGGAUGUCGGCGUCCCUGCAGCUUGCGCCCCACGCCAUCGUCGGCACCGCCAUGGCGUUCCUCGCCCUGCGCCGGAUGCGCGACGCGGUUGCUCGGGAGUUCUACGACGCCUGGAGGGCUCUGAACUGAACCGCUAAGCGCGUGGGCGUGGCGUCCAUCUCCAAGAACGCAACUGCUGUAUCUCCAUCGAUCGAUUCCUCCCUGCAGGCCAGGAUGUGAGUUUUCCUCUUUCCCAGAGAUUUUAUCGAUCGGAGUUGCUAAGCUUGCGCACGUGAGGCUAUCUUGACAGUUCGUUUGUUUGCGGAGGAACAUGUGAAUACCGAAUACAUGAUACUACAUUGAUCUGUCUUGCUCGAUCGCAUUCGAAUAUCAGUAGUUGAUGAACAAGAUUUCACCAGUUACAACAAGUAUAUGAG